UCAGCAGAAAUAGAAAACACGGAAAUGUUUCCUGUAACUGCGUCGCUCUGCUCGACUUUGCUGUUUGUCGGUGUCUUCGUGUUUGUCUCUGCAGACCAGAAAAACAUCACAGCUCAGUCUGGACAGGAUGUCACUCUGACUUGUCGAGCUCCAAGCAACAAAAUCAUAGUUGUAAAGUGGAUCAUAUCUGACCUUCAAAAAGAAUAUGUUGUUUUGUACCGGGAUGGGCAGUUUGAUCCAGAAAACCAGCAUCCAUCUUUUAAAAACCGGGUGGAUCUGCAGGACAGACAGAUGAAGGAUGGAGACGUGUCUUUGAUUCUGAAGGAUGUGACGAUUAAUGACACUGGAACAUACGAGUGUCGUGUCGUCCAGGCAGUCAGACAACCUAUGAAGCUCAUCAGCAGCAUCUACCUUCAUGUUGUUCCUCCAGGUCAGACAGGAGGAGACACAGAGGAUGGAUCUGUUGGACUGAUCGUUGGUCUGUCAGUUUCUGCUGUGCUUCUUGUUGCUGCUGCUGUUGGUUUUUGGAUCUUCAUAAAAUAUAAACAACGACAGUGUCGGGAUUCAUUCCAGCAUCCUAGUGAAAUACAGCAGCUUUGA